AUGCUCGGGUCCCUCCAUCGGACAUUGGCCCUAUGUGCUGUGCAACUGUUUACCCUGACAGCCUCAAUCCCAGCCCAAAUAGCCCUCGUCCACGAUCUACUCGAUAAAUAUGACAAAAAGGCGAAACCGGUGUGGGACAACAAUUCCUCGAUUAACGUCUCAUUUUCGAUGGAUUUGUAUCAGAUUCUCGAAUUGAACGAGCCGCAACAAUUUAUCCUGUUGAAUGCUUGGAUUAUUGAGCGUUGGUACGACGAGUUCCUCUACUGGGAUCCGGAUGAAUACGGUAACAUCACAGAAAUCCGAUUGCCCCACGAUUCGAUAUGGAUACCCGAUACUACACUCUACAACAGCUUGGUAAUGAAAGACGACGACACGAGACGCCUUCUAAAUGCAAAAUUGACGACCGAUAAGCGGUUGAAAGCGGCGUGGAUUGAAAUGCUGUACCCGACCAUCUAUAAAUUUUCGUGUCUACUCAAUUUGAGAUUCUUCCCAUUUGACAACCAGGUUUGCACGAUGACAUUCUCAUCGUGGACGUACGACCAAAAAGGCAUCGAUUAUUUCCCGUACUCGGAACAACUGGGAACGAGUAAUUAUCUGGAAAAUGAGGGAUGGUAUAUCAUGAAUACGAAGAUCGUGAGGAAAGAGGUGAAAUACAGCUGUUGUCCGAACAAGUACACUCUACUCGAAUUGACGCUGCAUUUACGUCGAAAGCCCCUAUUCUACCUUGUCAACCUGAUCAUCCCCACCUCCAUCAUCACCCUCAUCGCGCUGGUCGGAUUUUUCACUACUUCCUCAGCGUCCGGUAUGCGAGAAGAGAAGGUAUCUCUCGGUAUCACAACCCUUCUCUCGAUGUCCAUCUUGAUGUUGAUGGUAUCCGAUCAAAUGCCUACCACUUCUACGUUUAUUCCACUUAUUGGCUGGUUCAUUCUGAUGAUGAUAAUGGUUAUUUCCCUGGGGACAAUUGCCUCUUCCGUUAUUAUUGCCAUUCAGAAGAGAGGCCGACUAGGGGAACGGCUCAGCAAGGGAGCCUUACGAUUCGGAAAAUGUCUCUCGUACCUGACUUGUAUGCCAGUUCCUCAACAUCUACUAAAGGAGGAAAUGAUGACGGAAAUGUUCGACUCGCCCUCCGUCUCUGUUGCACCCAGUAAGAUUGAUGGAAAGAAAUCAAAGAAAGCUGAUGGAAAGAAGCAAAAGAAUGGCCCUUCUGCCCCUCCACCAGAGAAAGAGAGAAGUCAAGAACCGUUGAUUCAUCAUAGCCCUUCCAAUAAUACCAAUGAAGAAAUAGUUGCCUCAACUCCUACAACAACACGACCUGUGCCACCGAAUUCACUCAAUUUGGAUGGGGAUGCUGCGUCUCUUGAUGGAGGCUAUGAAUUGUUGCUGGAGAACCCGGACUUCCUAGAAUUCUACUAUGAACAGUGGUUAUCGAUCACGAGUGAAGCUCCAUCCUGCCCUCCCUCUGCCAAGACACCAAAGAUGAGGGCAGCACCGAAUAACCCGUUCCGACAGGAGGUAGCCCAGCACACCCUCCGAAAAUACGCGAUCGCCGAAUACGAGUGGUUGGCCACGGUGAUCGAAAGGCUGUGUUUCGCCAUAUUUGUCACUGCAUUUGCCAUCAUCACAUUCGGGAUCAACUUUAUCGGCUUCAUCCAUUGGUAUGCAAAGGGAAUGGAGGCCAUCGACAAA